AUGGCUUUCUCAUCAUUAUUUGCCGUGUUCGUCCUCACAGCUACCCUGCUUCUACUCUGCCACUACUGCAUUAAACCAAAUUUUGGAGAGAAGUGGAAACAGAAUUCUGGUGCAACGCAAAAGUUCCAGUUAGCGACGUCGGUUUCCAACCAAGAAAUCUAUUCCCUUGCAUCACACCCGAACGAAUCAAUCAUUUAUGUCGAAUCGGACAGCUGUAUUUAUUCGGACCGAGGAGUCGCUCAGCGAUUUAAACAAAUAAGUAACAAUGCCACAGUCAAGCGACAAUCGCCCUGUAAUGAGACAUGCAGAGGACAGAAACGAAGCUUUCAGGCAGCCAAACCUCUUGGACAAUGGCUUGCUCAUAAUCCUCCCUUCUUUCUUAAAUAUUACUCUAUAACCAAGCUUGCUCAGAUUCCUCCCUUCUUUCUUAAAUAUUACCCUAUAACCAAGCUUGCUCAUAAUCCUCCCUUCUUUCUUAAAUAUUACUCUAUAACCAAGCUUGCUCAGAUUCCUCCCUUCUUUCUUAAAUAUUACCCUAUAACCAAGCUUGCUCAGAUUCCUCCCUUCUUUCUUAAAUAUUACCCUAUAACCAAGCUGGCUCAUAAUCCUCCCUUCUUUCUUAAAUAUUACUCUGUAACCAAGCUUGCUCAGAUUCCUCCCUUCUUUCUUAAAUAUUACCCUAUAACCAAGCUUGCUCAUAAUCCUCCCUUCUUUCUUAAAUAUUACUCUGUAACCAAGCUUGCUCAUAAUCCUCCCUUCUUUCUUAAAUAUUACUCUUCUUUCUUUACUUUUUACAAUUUCAAUGUCAUUGUCUGGGAUAAAAAUCUUGUGGCAUUCGGCGAUUUUUGUUUUUGGUUGGAGAAAGUUUUCACUUGUAUAACGUUACUCAGCUAA